GUGGAGAGACCGGGUGGGUGUCUGCUUUUUCAAGGCCCCUGCUCCCCAGAGGCCUUGGAGCUUCUCUCGCCAGGCGUUUUCUUUACCUGGCCUCCCUGAGUGGCGCGCGAGUGGAGUUCCGCUCUAUAGAGCGGCGGGGAGGCGUGGAGACUUUAUAGUGGAACUGAGGAAAAGGAAAGUGGUCGCCACCCAAGCCCAGAGUUGACUGGAGUAUUAAUACAGUGGAAUGAGAAUAGCAAAUGGUCCAUGAAGUAAAGGCUUCAGUCUUCACAAAAAGAUGAAGCAGCAUAGAAGUUAUUUUUGUACUGACUAGAGCCAAAAGACUGGGAUGAUCUGUUAAAAUUUGGAAAAGCUCAAAUAUGCUCUAAUUGAGAAGGUGUAACAGGAAGCACACAGAUUAAGUAUUGGAUAAUUUCAAAGCUGCUUUUGGCCCAAGGGUGCCUGUUUUCUUACCCACCAACCUUUCUCAAAUGGAAAGAAAAAAUUAAAAAGAACAACCAAAAAGCAGGAAUGGGGGAGGAAGACAUUGACAUUUUUCUUCUAUGAACUGUGCUUAGUUUCAAAGUUGAGUAACAAAGAAAAAAAACAUACCUCUUAAAGUAACCUGUGAUCAUGAAUGUUCUAAUACUUGGCAGUUGAUUUUAAAGGAGAAGGAGGUGCUCUUAGGAAGAAGAUCUGUACAUUGGUUUUGUAUCAAGCCUGAUGGGGCCUCAGUUGUCAGAGAUGGCACCAGGGAACUGUUAGUGCCACACACAGGAAUAAAACUGUUUCUAGAGCAAAUGAUGAUGAGUGAGCUGAAUAUAGAUGCGUGCUUGAACCCCCACAUGGGGGCUAUGUUCUGGGAGACUGAAGAAGCUGUGCAAGAAGGCUCCAGUCAGAGGGAGAAAUACAGCCCACAAAUAGAAAGCCUUCAUCCUGAGAGUGCCCGCCAGCACUUCAGGAGCUUUUGUUAUCUUGAAGCACCUGGGCCACUAGAAGCUGUUAACCAACUUCAGAAAUUAUGCAAUCAGUGGCUGAGGCCAGAGACCCAUUCAAAAGAGCAGAUCCUGGAACUGCUGGUGCUAGAACAGUUCCUGACCAUUCUUCCCAGGGACAUCCAGAACUGGGUGCAGAAGCAUCAUCCACAGAAUGUUAGACAGGCUGUGGUCCUGGUAGAACGCUUUCAGAGAGAACCUGGUGGAACAAAGAAUGAGGUCACAGCCCAUGAGCUGGGAAAGGAGACAGUGCUCUUGGGAGGAACAGCAGUGGCCCCAGGCUUCAGGUGGAAGCCAGCAGAGCCCCAAGCAAUGGGUGUGUUCCAGAAAGAAUUUUGCAAUAUAUACCAGGUACUUCAAGAACUGCUGGGCUGGCAUACUCACAAAGAAACCCAGCCUGUAUAUAAAAGAGCUGUGCAUACUCCACAGAUUUUAGCCCUUUCUGAGCAGAAAAGCACCAAAGACUGGAAGAUGGCAUCAGAGCUCAUCUGGCCUGAGUCCCAGGUAUUCUGCAGUGUGUUAGCCCCAAAUGUUCUCCAGAGUUUGUUGACAUUUGAAGAUGUGGCUGUGUAUUUUUCCGAGGAAGAAUGGCAAUUAUUGGACCCUUCUCAGAAGACCCUCUACAAUGAUGUCAUGCAGGAUAACUAUGAGACUGUCAUCUCUCUAGGGUUAAAGCUCAAAAAUGGCACUGGAAAUGAACAUCUUAAAUCUGUUUCUCCAUCAGAAAUACAAGCACCAGGAUGCAAAGUAUCAAAGAAGACCAGAGUGAAAGUUGUCCAGAUAACAAUGGGCAAGGAAAAUCAUGAUGAUAUAUACAGGGUACAGAAACAGGGUCGAGCUUUACCAAGGAAGAAAAGAAAGAAUCUUUCAACUUGCAAACAAGAGCUUCCAAAACAUAUGGAUCUUCACAGGAAAGGAUACACAGGAGAGAAACCUUUUAAAUGUCAGGAAUGUGGGAAAAGCUUCAGAGUUAGCUCUGAUCUUAUUAGGCACCAGAGAAUUCACACUGAAGAGAAGCCCUAUAAAUGUCAACAAUGUGAUAGGAGGUUUAGAUGGAGUUCAGAUCUCAAUAAGCACUUCAUGGCACAUCAAGGAAUAAAACCAUAUAGAUGUUCAUGGUGUGGGAAAAGCUUCAGUCACAACACAAAUCUACACACACACCAACGAAUUCACACAGGAGAGAAGCCUUUUAAGUGUCAAGAAUGUGGAAAAAGAUUUAAUCAGAACUCUCACCUUAUUAAACACCAGAGAACUCACACAGGUGAGCAGCCUUAUACUUGUAGCAUGUGCAGGAGAAACUUUAGCAGACGUUCCAGCCUUCUUAGACACCAAAAACUCCAUAGGAGUAGUGAAGCAUGUUCAGUGUCUCCAGUCUGAAAAAAAGUGACUAUAUGGAAUAACAGAAAUGAUAAAGGAAUACAAAAUUAUGAGACAUCCAAUGAUAGGAAACUGAUUAUCAACAGAAAGUUUGGAAGAGGUUUAUGUUCUGCAUCACAGAAAGGAAUCUAAGCUAUCUCUAUUAUUCAGCAUUGUAUCUUCAGUGCCUAGCACAAGACUGGUACAUAAUGAGUACAUUAUAAAUAAAAGAUUGAAAAUAUAGGUAUCAGAUACAUCAAUAGCUAUACAUUUAUCUAAUUAUUCAGAGCUUAUUCACUCUCAAUGACAAAGUCUUUAGGUAUCAAGUGUUCAGCAAAUGCAUGCUGGUCACAAGUCCUACUGUCAUUCUUCAUUCUUUCUCAGGAGAAAUGGAAAAUAAGAGUAUUCUAGGCCUCCUGAAGGUAACUCAGAGAGGAAUUCUGAACUAUGGAUAGUUUAUAGUUGUGAUUCUGUCUCCAUGGACAACCAAGCCUAGGGUUCAGGAGAACUUCAAUAGAUUUUUAUUUUAAGGAGAACUUUGUAACAGCAAGAGAGGAUUCAGUGCUUGUCCUGGGUAAAGUGCUUCUGUUCUAAUUGGCUUUUUCCAGAGUCUCCACCACUGCAAUGUCUUUUGUUAUUGAAUUCCAAGCAACAAGGAAAGGCCUGAAGGCCAAAACAGACCUAGGGUCCUUACAAGCACUUGAACUCUACCUUUGCCUUUCAACACAGUCAUAUAGACUGAAGUGAUGAUAGAGGCAUCCUGGGCCCUUAUCCAAAUAUCUGUCUAUUUGUAUAAAGAAUAGAGCAGUGGUUAAUUGAUUUUUUGGGUUUUGAUCAUGUACUCUGGAGGUUUUCAAGUCAGUGCCAUAUUGUUCUAGGGCCUAAUUGAAGUUUCAUUUUUAUAGCUUACGCAGCCUUAACUCUAUACACUAGAAUGCUCUACAGGAAGGUCUGAGCAUUAUUUUACUGAUAAUGGCAAGGAGAGUCUGUAGCCUCUCUACCUUGGUGCACAUCUGACACCAGGAGGGAACAUCCAGAAAUAUCCAAGAAAAGUGAGGUGUGUGGCUUAGAGUUAUGGUACUAGUCAGAGCCAGGCUAGAUGCAAACUGUUUUCUGAUGUAAUUUUUCCUUUUUCUCCACUGGUUUAAGUGAUUAUCUCAUAACGGAAUAUAAUGUGAAGGCUGAGGAUAUAGAUGAGUAAGUAGUACAGAGUUGCCUAGUAUGCACAAGGCCCUGGAUUUAAUAUCCAGUACUUCCCCCCACAAAAUAACAAAAAAGAAAAUGUGAUAUCAAAGGAAAUGGAAUACAUGGAUUUUUAUCUGUGUCAGAGCCUGGUUUGUGAUGUUGGCCAAGGCUUCAGUUUAUUUAGUAUUUCUCCCCUUCUCCAGUACUGGGGAUUGGACACAGGGACAGUAUACCACUGGGGUACAUCCACAGUACUUUCUGUUUUCUUCUUGAGACAUCAUCCCACUAAGUUACCCACACUGGCCUCAAACUUGGCACUCUACCACUGAGCUACAUCCCCAGCCCUCCACUCUCUGUGUGAAUUCAUGUCUGCAUCCUGGAUAGCUGUUAUCACAUCACCAUUCAAAGGACUGGGUCACACUAAGUUGCCCAGACUGGCCUCCUGCCUUAGCAUCCUGUGUUUUGUUUGCCACCAUGUCCAACCUUUAUUUAGAAUUUCAUGCAAUUUUACUUUCUAAUAAAAAUGAAAUGUUUCAUAUGAAAUUUAAGCAUUAAAAAAAGCUCCUUUUAUAUCAAACUACCCAGAAAUGGCCAACAUUGACUUCUUUGAAAUAGAUGCUUUCACAUUUUUUUCCUCCAAGAGACCUUUCUGAGUCUUUUUGCAGAUUACAAAAUAGGGAUGAAAAUUUAUACUCCUCAGGGUUCCUGUGAGGAUUAAAUGAGACACACAUGAAAGCAUGCCUAAUGAACACAACAGAUGUUCCGUAAACAUUUGGAACAUUCUUCAUUCAUCUCUCAUUUAGUUAUUUAGAAAAGAAAAUAAACUUGGUCUGCUUUUCCA